CAACUGUCAUUCGGAGCUCGAGGAGUGCGUGUGGAGGUAAACAACACGAGGCGAGCACUCUGAGCUCCUCGCGGAACAACUGGCAGAGCUGAUACCCAGACAGAAGCAACAUGUCACAUCAGGCGAUGAACGGGUUCGGGGGCAAGGUGCUGACCCUGGAGAACAUGAACCCCAACGUGAGGAAGGUGGAGUACGCGGUGCGAGGAGCCAUCGUGCAGCGCGCCAUGCAGAUAGAGAAGGAGCUGAAAGAGGGAGUCAAGAAACCUUUCACAGAAGUCAUCAAGGCAAACAUUGGUGACGCCCACGCCAUGGGUCAGAAACCAAUCACAUUUUUCAGACAGGUCCUGGCUCUGUGUGCGUACCCUGAUCUCCUGGAAGACAACAAGUUUCCAGAGGAUGCCAAGCAGAGAGCCCGGCGUAUCCUCGGGGCCUGCGGGGGCCACAGUAUAGGGGCCUACAGUGCGAGCCAGGGCAUCGAGUGCAUCCGUCAGGACGUGUCGCGCUACAUCGAGAAGAGAGACGGUGGGAUCCCCUCCAACCCCGACAACAUCUACCUCUCCACCGGGGCCAGCGACGCCAUCGUGACCAUGCUGAAGCUGCUGGUCUGUGGUGAGGGUCCCGACCGUACAGGAGUGAUGAUCUCCAUCCCUCAGUACCCGCUGUACUCGGCCGCGCUGGCAGACCUGGCUGCCGUGCAGAUCAACUACUACCUGGACGAGGACAGGUGUUGGGGUCUGGACGUGGCGGAGCUGAAAAGAGCCUUGAGCGCCGCCCGGACGCACUGCAACCCCCGCGUCAUCUGCAUCAUCAACCCCGGGAACCCCACUGGUCAGGUCCAGAGCAGGCAGUGCAUUGAAGAUGUCAUCCGAUUUGCCAAAGAGGAGCAUCUCUUCCUCAUGGCUGACGAAGUGUACCAGGACAACGUGUACGCAGAGGACUGCAAGUUCCACUCCUUUAAGAAAGUGCUGUUUGAGAUGGGACCAGAGUUCUCCAGCACCGUGGAGAUGGCCUCCUUCCACUCCACCUCCAAAUGCUACAUGGGAGAGUGUGGGUUUCGCGGCGGCUACAUGGAGGUGAUCAACAUGGACCCUGAGGUGAAGGCCCAGCUCACAAAGCUGGUGUCGGUGCGUCUGUGCCCCCCCGUCACCGGCCAGGCUCUCCUGGAGCUGGUGGUGAACCCCCCCCAGCCCGACGAGCCCUCCUACAGCACCUUUAUGAAGGAGCGGACAGAGGUUCUUGCAGCGUUAGCAGAGAAGGCGGGGCUAACGGAGAAGACCUUCAACACAGUGCCAGGUAUCAUCUGUAACCCUGUGCAGGGGGCCAUGUACACCUUCCCCCGCAUCACUCUGCCGCAGAGGGCUAUCGACACAGCUAAGGAGGAAGGCCUGGCUCCAGACAUGUUGUACUGCAUGAGGCUGCUGGAGGAGGAGGGCAUCUGCCUCGUGCCAGGGAGUGGAUUUGGCCAGAGAGAGGGAACCUUUCACUUCAGGAUGACCAUCUUGCCUCCCACUGAGAAGCUGAAGGUCGUGCUGCAGAAAAUCCGGGACUUUCACGUGCGUUUCACAAAACAGUUUUCCUAACGAGCGUCUCAGCAGAAGACCCAAUCAGUGCCAGUUUAAAGUGCCUUUGUGUGGAAGGAGCCGUCUUACAGCUCGAGGCUAUAUUACACUACAUCUGAUUUUUACAGAUAUUUUCACUGUUUUGCAUCAGUGAAAAACGUCUUUGCUGCUUCCUUGUUUAUACAGCUAGUACGGUUUAGAUGUCCUAUGUACAGCUGUAACUAUUUUCACUAAAUUAUGCACUUUCACAAAAAUCUACCCGGCCAGGUUUGUAUUGCUCAGAACGAUGUUAGAAUGCUGAUUCUAUGUCAUUUAAAGAGUAUUAGUUCAGAUGCUUUUACAAAUGAAUUUCUCUCCUGCCAAGACCCAUAGCAAAACUAGCUGGAUGUAUUAUUCAAUGACAUGUUGUUAAUUAACUGACCUGACUAACUUUAGAGGAUGAACCAUAUUACUGAUCACUGCAAGAGCUAUCCAUGAAUUUAAAGCCCGUCUCAGAUUGUAGAAAUUUGUUUUUACUAAUAUUAAAAUUGUUUUUACCUGUUAUUAAAACCUUUUAAUCUG